AUGCCGUUUCCACCGUCCGGGAACGUGAAGCAUCCCCUGCUUUGCGACGACAAUACUUUGCGAAAAGGACGAAGUAGUCACAACAGGAUUGUUGUGAACGUAUCCUUUUCGUCGCUCAAAUUGCAGAAGAGAUUAGCAGCGUCCGUGUUGAAGUGUGGAAAGAAUAAAAUAUGGAUGGACCCAAAUGAAAUUAGCGAAAUUUCGCUAGCCAAUUCGAGAUUCAGCAUAAGGAAGCUGUACAAGGAGGGCCUCAUUUUAAAGAAACCACAGAAGGUCCACAGCAGAGCAAGGGUCAGACUGUACAAAUUAGCAAAAAGGAAGGGAAGACAUAUGGGCAUAGGUAAAAGAAGGGGUACGAAGAAUGCCAGAACGAAUCAGAAAACCUUGUGGAUUAAACGACAGCGUGUGUUGAGGAGACUGCUAAAAAGAUUAAGGGAUGCAAAGAAAAUAGAUAGACAUUUGUACCACUCCUUUUAUUUGAAGUGCAAAGGUAACCAAUUUAAAAAUAAGAGGACGUUAAUUGAGGCCAUACAAAGAGAAAAAACUGAGACCUUGAAGAAGAAAUCAAUAGCCGAUCAGCUCGAGGCCAAGCGAUUAAAGGCACAAGUGUUACGAAACAAGAGAAAGUUAAAGAAGGACAAGGAGGCUUUAUCCUAA